CCAAACCUCCACUACAUCCAUCUCGCCAAUCGACUCUACUCUGUGCUUUUCUCAUUUUAGACCUGGGCAUUUUACUCUUAACGUCGAUUUUGAUUGUUUUGAUUUUAUUUUACCAACGACAUCCUUCUCGCCUUCACAGUCAAUCCGCACAGCUCAAUUGGAACAUCUGCCUCGACCGACUAGAUACCAAUCACUCCUUCCAUUCGUCUGCUCAAGACCUUCGUCUUGCAGCCUCACUGGGGGCAGUCUCGCGCGACGACAUCGUGUCAAUGACGCGACAGCUGGGAACGAAUUCCACGAGAUCCACCGCCACUGCCGGUGACCUCUAAGCUGACGAACCUGUCCUUCGAACCCUUAGCUGCACCUGUGUGGCUCUAUCUUCCUGGGUGCACAAACGUACCAUAACGACAAACAUGGUAUCAUCACGCAAAAGGGCAUUGCAAGCGGCCGAGGAUGUUCCCUCCGAAGAGCCGUCAAUGCUCCAUCGCAUACGAAAUCAAUGGCAAUUCGCCAACUUGUGUCAGUGGAUCUAUCUCUUCGGCAAGGUCGUCAAAAUUGAUGACAGUCUGGACACAGAAGAUAUCGAGGCCGAAUGCCUGAAGCCGAAUGCCCCGGUCCUCCAAGACAUAGGACUUGCUUUGCUAAAAUUUAUCUCGUCGCAUCGCGGUUUGACGCACGAAAUGUUCGAUGAGUACACGCGGCGACAAUAUCUGGCGAGAGCUCCCGAGAAGAACCCAUUCGGAACAGAGGAGACUGCAGCCAAGUUUGCAGAUCUACAUGUUUUAACCAAGAUACGAGUUCUUCAGCAAAUGACACAAUGGGUCAUGAUCCGCCCCGAGCGCGUCAGAGACAAGAUGGAAGAUCAGAAGGACGUCGACCAAGCUAGCUGGAGGAUAGAGCCCAUCGGUUGGGACAGAGAUGACCGUACCUACUUCGUUCUCGACGACAAUAGAGUCUACCGCAUGACCGAGCCACCCACAAAGCCGGCGACACCCAAGAAGAGGUCAAAGAGUGCCAAGUACGGUUCCCGUUCAAACAAGAGACGGCGUACCUCUGCAGCAAUUGGCGCAGAUGAUGCAGACCAAGCUGUGACAGAACCAGCCGAUCCAGCCGCUUCUGUUGCACCUGAGGAGGAUGGUCUUGGCGGCAUGGAGUGGGAAUGUCUCGCCGUUAGCUUGGAAGAUGUACAGAACUUAAUCGCCUCAUUCCACAAGACCAAGGACGACAACGAGAGGGUUCUUCGGAACCAGCUUCAGGAACACUUGCUUCCGAUUCUGGAGAAGCAAGAGGAGUCGAGGAAACGCAAGGAGCAACAGCGAGAAAGGGAGCUCCUGAAUUUGGCCAAGAUGGCAAAUGCGAAGCGAUCCAGCCGUAUUGCGAACAAGGCGGAGCAACAGAGGCAAGAAGAACAGGCUCAAGAAGAGGCGAAGCUCAUGCAAACUCAACGGGCAGUUGCAAAAAAGGAGGAGCAGCAACGAGUCAGGCUCGAGAAGGAACGGGACUCGAGACUGAUGUCCCGAGAGAAACGACUCAAAGAGCGGGAAGUCCGACGUUUACAACACGAACGCGAGCUUUCCCAACUUUCGGAAGACAACCGCAGUGGUUCAAGUCGUAUAUCAGAGCGAAGACUGCAAGCGGAGAUCGAAAAGAAUAAGCGUGCACUCGAGGAGCUUGAAGUGGAAGAGGACGACUGGAUAUUUGACUGCAUUUGUGGGGUCUACGGUCAAGUUGACGAUGGUACACAUAGUGUGGCUUGCGAGAACUGCAACGUCUGGCAACACAGUAAGUGUCUUGGCAUCAGCGAGACUGAAGCUGAGAAGCCAGAGUUUCAUCUCAUUUGCCAAUCUUGCAAACGGCGUGAUGCCGAGGCAGCGGCAAAGCCCAAGACGACCAUCAAGCUCAAGGUUCAACGUCCAGCGGAUACCUCAUCAUCCCCUUCGAAUCAAAAGCCCCUAAAGGAAAAUAUCACCCACCCGUCAGCAUCAAGGCAGGUAGUGGAGGCUCCAACUCCGAUUGUGGAAGCAACGGCAGGGCCAGCGCCCGCAACUGAUAUGUCAAGAGUUGUCCAAGUUAAGGCAGAGGCGAACUCGCCGAUGGAACAUCGUGGCUCGAGUCUCCUGAGAACAGCGAACGGGACUCCAGCUGCAGAUACUCCUCCGGCCAGAUCCUCUGUGUCCCUGGACCAAGCCAAUCAAGCACAACCAGCCAAGGAGGCCAGCCCUACACCAACAACCCCAAAGAAGGGGGGCAAGGGAGAUCAUCACAAGUUCCACUAUCUUUCUAAUGACAGCGAAGCACUCCCUGGCGGUGGCGACAAGUUGCCAGCAAGCCCAAUACGUGUGGAAAGGACGCCUGGCCCCAUAGACGCCACAUCACCCAGGCAUGGGAACUCGAGCCUGAUGGCCACGCCCAUUAUCAGUCGAGAGCAUGGCAUUCCCGGAUCAGCACAUUCGUCUUUCACGCUGCCCGCUCCAGAGGGUGGACUGUCCCCAACCAAGCACUCCCCCCCCAUGCCACGUCCCCAGCCACCCAGCAUCAAAACUCCUGCGCUUCCGUCUGUACUGCCACCUGUAGCAACACUUUCGCCGUCCCCUCGACAACAGAUUCUGACGCCGCCGAUCAAGCCGAUUGAGCCGGUUCGAAGGCCGCAGCCGUCAAAGGCAAGCUCUGGGUCCGUUUGAAGCGUAAAGGUAAUUCAAUGACUGGGAUUUAUAAAAUAACAGCGCUGCUGGGAAGGCCUUCCCGGCAGCGCUGGUGGCAACGACAUGGCCAUAUGCUUGUGGGUUGGACGGACGCCAGAAGGUCUUUCACAGCGGCCGGUGCUUGAUGUGCUUGGAUGUGUAUGUAGAAUUGUACGACCAACGACUUCUUAGACUAGUAAUGACUGGAAGAUGCGCACGCCAGGAGCCUCAGCUCGACCUAGUUCGCCUGCAUCAACAAGCUCAUGACGAGGAAACGUAAGUUUCCAGGAGUCCCAGCGGCCUCAGGGGUAGAUCACCGAGUGGUUCGCCUUGAUAGACAAUCCAUGAACUAUGUAGUCGCACCUAUUCAGUAUACCAUACC